GUCAGAUUCAUGUGGGUAAUGCCACUGUUCACUGCCACGCAGGACAGAGGGAAGGUUCACGACUCAAAUCCGGAAGAAUACGCUGUUGGUUACACGAACCAUCACUCUGGAGGUCGUCAAGAUAAAGUUACACCAGACGCUGUACAAUUACUCGGUGUCGUUUCAAGUUGUCUGUCUUUAAAGGGACUUGGUUCACUAAAACAGGAGUAAGUGUUGCUGAUGAUAUGUGUUUAUCUCGCUGAAUCCCUCUUCAAAAGACGUUUCCUAAAUGAUGGUUUUCACGAAUUCCUCCUCGCCAUAGCUGAUGAAUAUAAACCUCAAUAUUAAGAUCAGAUAUGUCAAGCCAAUAUAGACAAAGGAAAACUCAAAAUGACAGUGUCAGACAUGAGACUACAAAAUCAUCCAGGAGGAAUGAGAACCUCAAAGUCACAAGUGAAGUAGCCAAGAUAGCCAAGACUCAAGCACAGAAAAUAUUUCUAAAUUUGAUAGAAAAUACUAUCACACCCCAGGCUUUUAUUGACCAGGUUCGAUAUAUUGACUCAGCUGUCUAUGAUGAUGUCGUCACUGAGCGAGCCGUAAUUGGAUUGUGCGGGUAUCCACUAUGUUCCAAGUCCUUUACAGACACAUUUGGUGACAGGGUUUACAUUAUCCGUAACAACAAGGUUUAUGACGUCACUGAGAGAAGGAAUUACUGUAGUAAUGUAUGUUUUGAGGCAUCCAAGAUCGUGCGUAAACAGCUGGCAACAGAUCCAUUAUAUCUGCGCUACAGUGAAAAUACAGUUAUUAAAGAUGUAAAAAUCCCUGUCAGCGAACAUCUUGAAGGUCUCUUUGGAAAAUUGGUUGAUGUUACAGGAGGAAUAUUGAACUUUGAGGAAGAGAUAGGGAAGAAGAAGAAAAAACCCUUUACGUCUGUUGAUGAGAUUGCUCUAGAAACAUUGGUCUUGUGUUCAGAAAAUGAAGUGAAAAAAGAUGACAGCAAGGAAGAGGAAAGUGCCACAAAUGAAAAGGAUAUUAAUGUACAGGAAGACCCUCAAGACACAAAGAAAAGAAUCCCAGAGACAGCUGAUUCUCAUUCUGGAAGUGAGUGUGAGAGGAAAGUUGAUAGAAAAGAAAAAGUAGGGAAAGAAAGUGAAGACCCUCUUGCUUCUGUUUAUGUUGUGGAACAAGCUCUGAGAGAAUGGAUGUGCUUCGACUCUUUACGUGUGGUUUUAGGAGACAAUUACGUACGUGGAAUGUUGGAACACAUUGGCCGCACUUGGGAUGAUUUUGACACAACUUCUGGUCUGAGAUUAGGAAUAGAAGCCAAAGCAAAAUAUAUUGCUAUUUGCCGCAAGCUUGACCAUGAAGAGAAGGAGGACAGUGCUGAGUUGCAAAGCACUGAUCUUGAAAAUCCACAAUUACGACCUAACUUACCUCUUCCUGAUUAUCAACAACUGCAGAAGGAUGCAAAGAAGCAGCAAUUAAAGGUUGUGUCAUUUCUUGGAGGGAGUGAACAGUAUGAGGAAUCCGUGUCUAGCCAAAGUGAGACAAGAGGCUCACUGGAUAGUAUACUGGAAGAAGGGGGAUCUGGUGUAAGAGGCUUAAGUGAGGGAGGAAACACUCAAAGGCCAGUACAAAGAAAGUCUAAGAAGGCGAACUCCAAGAAAAACAAUGAAGAGGUGGACAUAGAAGGUUCAACACUCCCCUUUAUUGAUAAUUACUCUCAAGUUUCAUGGCGUCAACACAUUGUAGAAGAAAAAACUAGUAAAUUCCGACAACAAAUCUUAGAGGUGACUGAUCUAGAUGGUAGAGAAGUACGACGCCUACUGAAGACUCUGGUCGCAACCUUUGAUUUAUCUCCCCACAACAUCACCUUUAAGCCUAGACAGUGGCGACUUGUCACUGUCAUCCUGCUGAAAAUGUUAACAGUGAGGUAUCCAGUCAUCAUGGAAGCUUUGAAGGGAGAACAGGCUGCAAAUAUUCAGAAGACCGUCCUCUCGGGUUUUGACCUUGAUUUUGAAUAUUGUGAUCGUGUUCUAUCUUACUUAACAGAAAUAUAUUACAUUAUUAGUAAAAAUUUCAAGAGUAAAGAGGGUGAUCAGAUUCAACAAAAUAAUGAUGAAAGUGAGAAAGUUCAUGAAACAAAGAGAGAGUGCAAUAUUGACACAAGGGUUCAUGACAGUGACACACACUUAGAGAAUAUUAAAAGUGUAUCAAACCAAAGUACAUUAUUUUAUGACACUAGACAAGAGUCCCAAACACAUGUUCUUGAAAAUGAAUUAGAAAACUUUAGCUUUAAGGAACAGAAACCUACAGACCCUGCUGAAUUAGACUGAACGUACUAACUCGCCAAUUUCCUUGUUUUAUUAUUGACAUACAGUAUGUAUGUCAAAAAAUUAUUCAUGAAAAGUCUUUCCUUGCCAACCACAGGGGUUAAGUUCCUGUAAAACCGGGUGGUUGGCAAAACCAUGGUUGAAAAGGGCUUGGCCCUGUGGGAAAUAGGGGCUACGUUAUGAGACCCUCCAGAGAGACAUGUCCGGAGUCCUGUAAUGUUAACUUUAAAGUAAAAGAAACAUAUUCAAUACUUUAUAAAAUUAGUUUUAUUUUCUUGUAUUGCUGUACACUGAUAAAAUUAAUACUUAAAGUUGUAGACUUAAAAACUGAAUAAUGAAAGCAUAAAAAGAGCAAAAAGGGGAUGCUGCCUACCCCAAGCAACGGUGCCCCCUACCACGUACUCCCUGACCUCUCCACAUGCUGCCACUUUUCUCGACCUCUUUACUACAGCAAAAGUUUCGUCGCUAGAUUUACUCUUUUAUGCCAUUUUUCAGGGCAAAUCAUUAAUUAAAACUGCGGGUUUUACAAAAAAGAAAAGAAAAAUAAGUAAAUAAAUUGACAGUGUACUAACUGGGACCUUACGAUACAAUGGUCACUGAGAAAGUCGAGGCAGGCUGGAGAAAAAGGAUAAGUGGAUACUUAAAACUGUUGGAAAAAUUGCUGAUAGGGGGAUGAUUGUAAUUGUCACUGCUGCUAUAUGAAUACAGUACUGUAUUAUUAAAAAGAGGAAACCUGA